AUGUCAUCCCAACCAAUCGACGAAGACGGCUUCCACUCUAUCGCAUGGGACGAUGCCCCGCCCUCUCGAGCCGUCCUCUCACCUUCAUCGCCAUUCGACGAAGACGUCGGAGAAGGGUUCGAAACGAUCUCUCAACCCACUUCUGAGUCUCAGGAUGGCGGAGCAGGAGCGGCCAGUACGUCCACGGCGACGGUCACGGGCAGUAGAAGAGACAGACAGGGGUCCGUAGAGGUUGAUCCGGGGGAAUGGAAUGGUAGAUGGAUGAGUAUAGAGGUUAGAGAACCGGUGAAAGAACAUGAAGGAAGUAAGGAUAUGUAUGUGUCAUAUGCUGUCAAAACUCAGACGAACCUUUCCACCUUCCCGAAUAAGCUAGUCGUGGUGAGAAGGCGAUUCCAAGAUUUCGAAUUCCUAAGAGAACAUCUGGUGAAGAACUUUCCAGCUUGUGUGGUCCCACCUAUUCCAGACAAACAUCGUUUAGAAUAUAUCAAGGGGGAUCGGUUUGGACCAGAAUUCAUCGAGAGGAGACGAUUAGAUCUCCAACGCUUCGCCGAUCGAAUAGCCAGACACCCAACGUUACAGCGAAGUCAGCUAGUCAAUGAUUUCUUACAAAGCACAGAAUGGACCGUCGCGAAACACCAUCACAUCUCCCAUCCCCCUCCAGAAUCACAUAUAUCCCUGAUGGAUUCCCUAUCCGAUAAAUUUAUCAACGCAUUUUCCAAUGUGCGUAAACCCGAUGGAAGGUUUGUCGAGAUGCUAGAAGAUCUGGAAAGAUUUGAGGAGGGCUUGGUAUCUGUCGAGCGACUCGUCGGGAGAGGUAAAACCAGGGUUGAUGACUUGUCAACGGAUUAUCAAGAUAUGGCAGCUGCGUAUCAAGGUUUAGGAUACCUCGAAUCAGGUAUAACAGAACCGUUAAAUAGGUUCGCAGAGAAGAUGUUGGAUUUUUCAGCUUUGUUGAAACAUAUGAACCAAUCGACUGUCGAACCAUUUUUGAUCCAAUCGCAUUCGCUGUUAGCAUAUGCCAACUCCCAUCGGAACGUUAUCAAACUUCGUGAUCAGAAACAACUCGAUUUCGAAGAACUUUCAGCUUACUUAUCCGCCGUCGUAUCUGAAAGAGACAGAUUGGCAGCUUUGAAUUCUGGUCAUUCGGCUGCUCCCGUUGGAUUGGGUACCUACCUCAGAGAUCAGGUGGAUAAGCUUAGAGGAACCGAUGAUAUACAUACGAGGAGGGAGAGGAUAAGGAAAUUGGAUGGAAGGAUCAAAGAGUUGCAAGACGCAGUGACCACAGCGCAUGAAACGUCAACUGCAUUCUCUGAUGAAGUUCUGAAAGAGCACAAGGUAUUUGAACUAUCCAAGAAAGAAGAGAUGAAAGAGAUUUUGCAGACUUAUGCAGACGGUCAGGUAGAGAUGUUACAGCGUGCAAUGGAUGAUUGGGAUAGGGUCAUCCCUCUUUUACAGAGAAUAAGAGUUGAUGUAUAG